GCUUGUUGUAUGAAUUUGGUGGCGUCUCUCUUUUUAAGAAGGGGCAGCGGUGCAGAUUUUAAUCAUUCAUAUGUCUAUUGCUCUAUUGCUUCUGACUUUACUACAUCAAGAUCAAUUCUGGGAAUUUUGGAUGCACAUAGACUGAACUGAUGCGGUUUUUAUCGCUCUCGCUACAAUCAACUGGAGCUGUCGUCUGAAGCGGUUCCUCAGCCAUCAGCCCAGUGACCCUAAGAUGGUGUAGUCAGGUUGACCGCUCCACCGCACAGAGAGCCAUCCCUUCCCCAGCCUUCUGUGCGGGGCGGACCCCGAGAUGGUCCGGGCAGCGUGAGCGGGGUCCGGGCGGGGAUGAGAGUCGUGCCGGCCGUGGCCCAGCCCGUUGCCGGCAAUGGAUGCCAAGCUGCGAGAGGACCUGCUGAAGAAGUACACGCAGUUUCUAGAGGGCAGGCUGGAGGAGCGGGACGUGGGCUGCGAUGAGGCGGGCCUGCUGUCAGCCGCGGCCGCCCUGCUGGGGGCCUACCAGCCGGACCACAGCCCUCAGCGCUUCCGCGUGCUGCGCUUCUACGAGCUGGCAGAGAACGCCCUGCGCACCCUCCGGAGCUCCAGCCUGCAGGCCCUGGAGGUGGCCUUCACCAUGCUGGAGACCGUCUGCACCAACCUGCUCCUCUUUCCCUGGAAGAAGGAGUUCCGCCACAUUAAGACGUUCACUGGCCCCUAUGUGUACCACCUGCAGUCGGCCGUGUGCGAGGCAGAGCUGCACUCCGUGCUGCGCUCUAUGGGCUAUGUCCGAGACCAGGAGCUGCAGUACCACGUCCGCGACCACCCGGGCGGGGCGGCACACCUGAGGCUGCUGGCCUUCGAGCUGUUCCUGGCGCGGGCCGAGUGCGGCUUGCUGAGGGAGGUGGUGGCUCUGGCGGGGGGAGCGACGAAGGAGCUGGAGGCAGUGGAGGUCCGGAGGACGAGCCGGGAGGACGUGGCGGGGUGCGCCGAGGCCCUGAGACGCCGAGACGCCCUGGCGGGGGAGGUGUCGCGGCUGUCCGUCCGCCUGGCCGAGACCGAGCGCGUGCACCUGAGGAGGAGCGGCCGCCCGUCCAAGUCGGUGGAUGUGACGGACAGCGCCGGACACUGGCACCCGGCCAGCAAGCCCGUGCUGAAGGCCUCCCUCAGCCUGCGCAAGGAGCCCCUGUUUGUGGACGCCGAGGAGGACGCCAAGGACGAGAUCAUCCGGCCCAACGUGUCCCUGCUGUCCCUGGCUUCCCCGUCCCCCUACAGCCCCGUGCCGGACUUCUUCCCCGCACAGUCCCCCUCAGCCGAGCCCUACUCCUACCACCUGUCCUCCCUCGACGAGAUCGACCUGUACACCGAGCGAGGAGGGGGCCGGCAGACCCCGUCCCGGCCCCCCAGCCGCGAGCCCCGGGAAGGCCGCGAGAGCUGGGUGCCCAAGGGCCACGGGGUGCUACCCUCCCUCACCGCCAAGUGCCAGGGCUGCGGAAUGGGCUGCUCUGGCAUGGCCUCCUGCCCCAGGUGCGACAUGAUCCUGUGCCCGUCCUGCCACGCCAUGGAGCCCUCCCCGUGCUGCUGCUCGCAGGAGUACCCCAAACCCUCCCGGCCCCUCGACGGCUACCUGCCCCCAAAGGAGAAGUUGUCCGUCUACAGCAACGCCCACUCGGAGAAGCCUCUCAUGGCGCCUAAACUCUACCCCAGCAAGUCCGUGGUGGCCUCCAGCGGGGUUGGGGUUGGCGGUUCGCGGUGCGGCUUCUGCAACAAGCCCGGCGCCACGCACACAUGCGUCAACUGCUCCAAGGUCUCCUGCGAAACCUGCAUGAGCCUCUACGCAAAAGAUCUGUGCGGCCGCAAGAGCAUGCUCCAUAACUUUGUGCCCAACCACCAGCUCAAUUACAAGUCUGGCUCCAUAUCGCAUCUGGUAUACCGAUAGACUGGCAUCCACUCACAGCGCCUCUCGUGUGUUGAAUCUGAUGUUCAUACUGGAAUGCACACAUCUUAAAGCCUCCUCCUCUUGCACAGUCCUUCAGACAUGUAGACCUACAGGCUUGUGACAGCCGUCCUAUACUUUUCCUGCACCUUCUGGGUCAUGUGAUCUCGUAGCUACUUCCUGUUCAAAACUGGCCCAGUCAAACAAACCCUGGGGAGGGAGACCAGCAGCUUGGAAUAAACCCAGCCAAACUUCCAGCUGUCAGCAUUGUCCUGCUCCUUUUGAAUGUUCCGUGCCAAGCUUUUUGUCAUAGGAAAAUGCAGUGUCCCCUCUCACUACUUCUUUGACUUCGAGGGUGGGCAAUAAAGCAACAAAGCAACACACUGGAUUUCAGCAGUAUAUUUGGAAACUAUGUAUAGACUAUUAUGAGACUCUUGCGGGUAGGAGGGGUUGGGGGGGGUGGUGGGACAUGUUGGACGUUUCAGUGAGCUGCUAUCUUUUAAAAUGGGUCCUUACCAAUGACACCGUGUUACAAGUAUGGCUGAGGUAUUGCUGCCGCUGCUACUGUCGAAUUACAGAAUUGUUUGGUUACAGUCUUUAGUGAACAGUUCCGUUCAGCAUUUUCUCCCCAACUGUUCAAAACUUAGCCAAUGACAAGCUCAUCCGUUUUGGCCUCUGCAGCGAUGGCAACCUGGAGAAUGAGAAGUUUUGUGAUGAUAUAAUUAAAGGGACACAAACUGCUCGAAGGACCAUGAAACCCCAUAAGCCCUGACAUGGCCGUUUUAAAUGCGCGCGCGUGCCAGUGUGCACGUUCAUGGUGUGCUUCACACUACGCCCAGCUGAUGUUGCAUGUGCCAGGAAUUCAGCGGUUGAGUAAAAUCAGUGUUCACCAUGCGCUUUCAGUGGUUAUACCAUACCAGAUUUAAAGGAAACCUUGAAUUUAGCGCAGAGAAAGGCUCAAGAUUAUGGAAACUAGGAUUGCAAGCGUCCAGGCAAGAUGAUUCUUUUCAGUGCGUAGGUGUGGGCAUUACAUUUGGGUCCAACCCAUUCUCACUGUGAUUCUGUUGCUGUCAUAUGAGCUACAACAACCCUUACUCUACGGUGUACACCGCUGUCUGCCCCAGUCCAGAGCAAGAACUUUACACUGUAUAUAACUUCACCCUGAUAUUGGUCUAUAGUGUACACUCCACACCAAGUCGCCACACAAUGACAGACAUAUUUAAGGCUUAAUCCUUGGUGAAUAUUGGCGUUUAGAACAUCUCUGGUCUGUGUUUACAGCAUUUUGGGUUUACAAACGUUUGCAUCAGGCAUUAUGCAUUUUAAGUGGCAUCAGGUUGGCCACCAAAAUUCACAAUGCUCUUUUCCCUUUCUAUACUCAGCCCAGAUCAAACUGAAGAACUCAAGACACAUCUCCUGGUAAUUCUCAAAAGGCCGUUAUUUGAAGUAUUUUGCUUGUUCUGCAAGUAGAACAAAACUCUUCAUGAAUAUAAUCAGCAAGUUCAAAGUUCUUCCUCUCCUUUCUGGUGUUUAUUAAGGGUGUUGCACUGUUUAAUGUGUCAUUAUGCAUUUGAGGUGAGGUCAGACUUCAGUUUGCGCAUGAAUGCACCAGGUCCGCGGAGGACUUGCAUUCAUGUGCAUUUGCUGCAUUCAGUGAGUUUAUCCAAGUUGAAUCUCAUAUAAUGUUACUGAUUUUAUGAACUUAGCAAUGGUAUAUCCUUUCAGUGCAGGGUCUGAAAGUGCAUCUUCAUUAAAAUGAGUCUCUAAAGUCGGCACACACUGACUUUUAUUAUUUUUAAAAAUCAGUUUGUCAAAGGCAGGUGGCUUCAUAUCAGGGGAAACCAUUUUGUUCUGUUGAAAGGAAGCAUUUAUUUUCCUGUGACACAUUUCAGAUUUGAGAUGUUUUUAUUCGCAUCCAAAGUCUUACCUAGUAGUGCAAUGCUUUUAGCUCACACAAUGCUAAAGGGAACAUUGAGCCUGUGUUUAUUGGAAUAGCACAAAACAGAUAUGUAGGGUUUUAUACUGAGCUAUGCAACAAAACAAGAGGGCUGUAUUGAGGUGGUCAAGCGUGCCUCUACUGUACCAGUUAGCGAAAGGUUUAUACUUUAUUGUGAGGGCUAUCCGUGUUAAAAAUGACUUUGUUUUGACAUUUGUUUAUUGGCUAAUUAGCCGGUGGCAUAUGUUUCCGACUAAUGAGAAGGAUAAUGAUUUGGCUGGUUAAUUGGUUCACUUUCAACCAUAAAGUAGAAGCGUUAUAUUUGCAGUUCUGUGCAAUGUACACAAUGUAUAGAUACUGUAUACUCAUGUCCUGCACUGGAUGGUAUUUCUGUAUUUAGUACCCGCGUAUGUCUGAAAGUUAUACCCAUAGCAUUUGUGCACGUUAUCGUACGGUAAUUUGUGCUUGUCUUUGAGCCAGUUUAAUGGGCUGUCUUCCCGCCAACUCUAAUAAACAAAUAUUUAUGACUAAUUAUAUAA